CAUAAAAAUAUUAGCCAUUUGUUUGUUACCGUUGGUAAUUUUGUAAUUAUUUUCUUAUUUAAAAUAUGAAUUUUUUUGGAAUGUUGACUAUUUUGUUUCCGACAACUAAUAUUAUAUUCAAAUGCGGCCCAAUGCUCUACUAUGUUCUGGAUCCGCCGCUGCAACGAGAACCUAAGAAUUUUGCCUAAUUGAUGGAGGAGUCUUUUCUACUCGGUAGAUUUCUACCUUAAUAGGAGAAUAAAUCUUCCUCUUUUAGUUCAGAGUUCACUCUUUAGUCUUUACUUCUACUACUUCUCUUCUCCCCCUCUUCUUGUAUAUUUAACCGUGCCACACUGUAACUUAAAGUCUCAAAACAUAAAAGAAAAACAACCCCAACCCCGGGGGAAAAAAAGUGACUCCGACGCCCGACCCAAUGUCCCGGCGAUAUCAGCGGGCGCUGGGGAAGAGAGUGAUCGACCAUGGGAGGGAAUUCACGCUGCUGGUCGACGUCAGCUCGGCGGCGGAGAUCGACUCCUUCGCCGACCACGGCGACGUCGGCCCCGACGAUCGGUGGUACCGGCUCAAUCUGUGGGUCGACCCGGCGGAUCAGGUUUCGACCAACACGGUCCGGACCUGGACCAGCCCGGUCUGGAGGCAGAGGCUCGAGAUCCCCGUCGUGGUCGGGUCGCUGAACUACGACGGGACGCUGAGCGUGGAGGUGGAGCGGGACGGGCGGCCCGAGUCUGUGCCCGACCCGGGGACGUCGCGCGGGAACGCCGUCGUCGGGAGGGCGAAGGUGAGAGUGCCGAAGCUGGGGGAGGAAAAAGGCGGGAGAUUUGGGCUCGUGAGGGCCGAAAGAGGGGAGUGUAGUGCGGAAGGGUUCGUGUUCUUGAACAUGAAGUUGGUGAAGAGAGAGAUUUGGGGAGGAGGAGGCAGGUAUUAUGAUUGAUCGGAAAUUCAUGUUGAGUUUCGAGGGUUAGGGUUUUAUUUAGGGUUAACUUUCUAAUGUGGGAGAGUCAUCGGAUCUUUUGUUGAUGUAUGUUGUUAUUAGUUUCGGAUCAACUCUCGGAUAUAUAGAUUUUUCGUCGUAACGGAAGUACGGUUGGUAUCAAUUUAGUACUACAGGAUUGUGCUCCAUAUAUAUUUCCUCGUUUUAUCUAAGUCGAGGUAAGCCUUUUCGAUCAUCAUCUUUAUAUGUCGUUCUGAUGAGACUAAAUGGUCUACUCUCUAGUAUUUCGAAUUUUAUUUGAUCAUAUGUGUCUAGGGCAUGGUCCAUGAAACCGUACCGGAAAAGUCAGCGAUGGGAUAUUUUAUGACAAAACCGUGGUUUAACCGUAGUUCAACCGUUAGUACCGUUAAAUACCGCCUAUUGGUUUAGCCUCCGAUACUGGUAUUUUGUGGUUGAACCGUCGGUACGGUACGGUUUAAUGGACCAUGGUCUAUGGACUAACCCUCGGACAGAUAAUUAUCUUCUUGCUUUGGUAUGAGAAUCGAUAUGUUUUUUCUAUCAUUAUCGUAUAUGUUGUCACAAAGAAAUGGUUAGUUAGUGUUUCAAAUUCUCCCUAGGUAAUAACUUGCUUCUUGUGUAUGAUUUUUAAUGUAUAUUGUUUAUUAUUUCGGUACUGAUUACGACGGAUCUUCUCAUUGGUGUAAUGUAGAUGUAGUAUUGAUCUCGAUGAUUACCAGAAUAAUCUACUUAAUGAGUUUUGUUAUCUUUGGUACGAAUUGAGAUGAAUUUGUCAUUGUGUGUUGUGCUAAAUGCUCUAAUAUGCUAGUUGAUAUCUAUUGAAAUCCUGAUCCUGCUUUUUAGAUUCAUGUCAUUUGUAACAGAAUUGGUUGGCAAUGCUUGGUCUUUUAUUGAGUGAAGUUCUUGAAUUGGCUUUUGGUGUUUUGAUAUGUUGUUUGUUUGUUUGCUGGAAUGUCGAAUUGAAGGCAAGGUCGUAUUUCAAAGGUCGCAACCAAAAAAUCUAGUAGUCGGUGUGGUAGUUUUUAAACUCACGAUAACGUUGAUUUUAAAUCAAUUUUGACUACAUACUUCAAGGAGAACUGAUUAUUUGAUUAACAAUGUCUAUUUCAAAGGUCGUAGUCGGUGUGACCGUUUUCAAACUCACGAUAACGUUGAUUCUAAAUCAAUUUUGACUACAUACUUCAAGGAGAAUUCGACAUGUCGUGUCAAUGCUGAUUCUGUGGCAAAAACUACAUUGAGACACAGUUACGGUUAAGUAAUUUACAGUAAUUCCAUAUAUUUUGUUCCAUAUGUUUGUCUCAAAUAAUAACUUGUUUUUUGCGUCGGUUUCUCGACGUGGUUUUCUUACUUUGAAACGGAUUGAGAUAGAUCUCUCUCUCAAUGUUAUUCAUUCUGAUGUAUAAUAUGGCAUUGGUCUAUAGUACCAAAACCUAUUUUAUGGGUCUUUGUCAAAUUCUUGAUGUUGCUGGUUACAUUCAAUGUCAAUUGGAACAAAUCCUCAUUACUUAUAACUUUAUUCCAAACGAUUGAUCUAAUAGUAAUCUGAAAUUGGUUUGAUAAAUUGUAUUGUUCCGAUUUAUAAGAAAAAACACACGAGAACUUCACUCCAUAAAUGACCAACAGACCAAACAUUAAUCAACCGAUUUUGAAGUUAAUGAAUCACACAAACUAUUCUUGAGUUCUUUUCCACUUCUAAUAUGUAGUAAAUUAUCUCAGUUUUCGAUUUUGUUGUUCUAUGUGGUUUUAAUUGUUUAAAUUCCCUACACAUGGCAAUGGCAUUUGAGUGCACCCUUUAGUUGAUGAAUAAUAUCGAUAUCGAAAAUCUCAAUCAAAAUCAAAUAGUUAGUGACAGUUUUAUUCAUGAUAAUGUCCAUUGACCAUUAUGAUUGCUUAUAAUAAAUAAAGACGUUCGCA